CCUCAGUUCAUCCUUAAACAAACAACAUUUGUUUCUUCCGAUUGGGUGACGUGUAAACACAAGGUUUGACCACCAGGUGGGUGGAUCUAUGCUCACAGUCAGAUUUGCGAGGCUUAAAGUCUAUCUGCUAUUUUCUCAGAUGCCACUGUUUUUACCGGUUAUGCACAAGUUGUCCCAGGUGAGACGGAAUCUGCCACACCAAUAACGGACACAUUUUAGAGACCUACAAAGUACACAAUAGGACAUGGUUGUGGCAGCAUUAGUCUGAUGUUUGUCAGGAAUGAGACCCUUUUUCAAUGAUUUAAUUCAUGUUUUGCUUUUUAAUUGUUUUUUUUUUUACUUCUGGUUUUGUAGCCUGGUUACAUUUAGGCACAAAUAUGACUUCAUAGGACACUUUCUGUGUAAAUGAGGGCCAUCAUUGACUUUGAUAAAACAGGAUUAGCUGACCGCUUGAAAAUAAAAAUGUGCUAGAUGACCGUAUCAAAGAUAUCUGCUCUCACUGACAUCAUACAGAGCCACAGUAAGAGUAGAAAAAAAUUAAUUAAAAUGCACACACUUAAACUCCUGAACAAAGAACAGUUGUGGCCGCAUUAUUGUUACUCUGUUUCCAGCUGUCACAUUUCCAAUUGUUGGUCCUCUUUUGCCGCUCCCAGGCCUGUUAGGAAAAUCCAAAAUAUGCGCCUUUAACAGCAGCUGCAGGUCCCAUACAUGUUGUUUGGAAUCUGACUUCAGCACAGUGUCACUGUCAGCCCUAAAAAUAACUAAGACGACAGCAGGCAGUCCCCCUCCAGUGACUUAGCAAAAGCUUUUUGCCAUGCUACGCGCUCCAUAUUAAUCUAAACAGCCGCUGCAAUCCCCAUUUUUACUAGGAGGAUGAAACUUUUUUUUCUGUUCCAGCUUAUGUGGUGAGUUCGUUGUUAAUUCUUUACUGAGUUUUUAUUACAUGACAGGAAAUGUUAUUUGUUGUUGAUUUCAAGACAUGUUUUGACCUAACUAUCAUAGGCCAAAGGUACUCUGUGGUCAGCACAUUAAAACUAUGAGUUGACUGUUCUUGUCAAAUAAGAACAAAUGUUUUCUAUUUACUAUACAACUAUCAUGUAAGAGAUGUCAUCCAACUCCUAUUCACCACUUUUUAAACAAACGUUUAGAAGCUGUCAUUUCUCCAUAUGAUGCUGCUACUUCAUAUAUAUGUUUACCACAUAAUCCGGUUCAUGGUGCUAAAUUUCGAUAGUUUUUGGAUUUUGAACUUCAUGGUGAGGUUCUUGCUGAUAAUUAAUAUCGUUUUUUUUCUUGCAUUUAUUUGCUUUCUCUACACUUUUAGGUAAUUGCUAAUGUCACUUGUUUAUUGCACCAGCUGAAAGAAGAUCUGAGCUACAUUUUGAAGUUGAUAAUGGUGCGUAAUGUGGAUGACCUGGACUUCUGCCUGUCCUCCCAUCCUCAGAGCAUGCUUGAGGGCUUGCGUUCACUCUGUUCUCACCCCAAACUUGUGGAUGUGACUCUGAGCGCGGGAGGGCGAGAUUUCCCCUGUCACCGUGGCGUACUGGCGCUCUGUAGCAUGUACUUUCGCUGCAUGUUCUCAGGGGACUUUGUAGAGAGCAUUGCAGCACGUGUGGAGCUUCAUGAUGUGGAUCCUGAGAUCCUUAGCUGCUUGCUUGACUUUGCCUACACAGGCAAACUGACUAUCAACCAGAAAAAUGUGGAGGGGUUGAUCUGUACCUCCAGCAAGCUCCAGUUCCAGACAGUGCGAGCCGUGUGCAGCCGAUACCUCCAGCAUCAGAUUGAUGAGACAAACUGCCUGGGAAUCCUGGAGUUUGGGGACAUUCAUGGCUGUCCUGAGGUGGUUGCCAAAGCAUGGGCCUUCCUCCUGGAGAACUUUGAGGCUGUACAACAGGGUGAGGAGUUUCUGUUGCUGGGAAAAGAUAGGCUGAUCUCAUGCCUGUCUGAUGAAAGACUACAAAUCCGGUCAGAGUGCGCUCGUGUGGAGGCCAUCCUGAAAUGGGUUAGGCACCACAGGGAGUCUCGACUGUGCCAUCUCCCUGAGCUCCUUAGCUUGUCCCGUCUCUCUCUGCUCAGCCUGGACUACCUGGCUGACACCCUGCUGAAGGACAGUCUGCUGCAGGCCUCUCCCAGCUGUACAGAGGCUGUGGAAAAGAUUUACAGAGAGAAAAUGGAUUUAGCACCUGAACAUGUGGACAGACUCAACUCCCAGAGCCCACAACCAAACCUAGAAGAAGUUCUCUUUGUCAUGGGAGGUCAUUCAAUGGAUGACUCGGAUGAUGAGGAUGACUCUGAUGAAGACGAGGACAGAGACUCAAGACUGGAAAGACUGCAGCCCAGAAACUGUGCCUUCUACAACACAAAGACCAAACGGUGGCAUGAGCUUCCUAAUUUCCCAAAUCCCAACAAGUGGGGUUACUCUACGGUCUCUUUGAACAAUGAUGUGUAUGUGUCAGGGGGCUCGCGAGGUUCGAAUACCAACACCUGGUCGACCACAGAGACCUGGAAGUACAUCACAAGAGAGGGGAGAUGGGUUACUGUGGCACCUAUGCUCCGACCUCGGACUAACCACACAUCAGCAACGCUCAACGGGGAGAUUUAUGUCAUCGGAGGCACAACGUCAGACCGAGUUGAGGUUGAGCACUACGACCCUUAUAACAACACCUGGGCUAUGACUUGCCCCGCCUUAAAGUAUGUGACAAACUUCACCGCCACAGCUUGUCAGGGGAAGCUCUAUGUAAUCGGGUCAUGUGCAGUGAAAUACAAUGCACUGACCAUGCAGUGCUACAACCCUGUCAUAGAUAGCUGGAUCAGCAUAUGUUCACCCUUUAUCCCAAAGUAUUUGUCCUCUCCUCGUUCUGUCUGUGUGGAUGGAACUAUAUACCUGGUUGCUGACAACACUAAAAAAGUCUAUGCUUAUGAUCCAGAGGCAAAUAUAUGGCAGAAGGUCCAGCUUCUACACAUGCUCCACGAGAAUGGCGGCCUUGUAUCACUUGAUGGGAAGCUCUUUGUUACCGGAGGCCAUUGGAAAGGUAUGGAGGGGGACUAUGGGGUGGAAGUGGAGGUUUACAACCGAGCGUCCAACAUCUGGGAAGUGGAGUCCUCCCUGCCAAGACUUUGGUUCUACAGUGGAGUCUGCACCAUCUUCUUAGACCCAAACCAGUGGCCUGAACUUGAGUCAACAUAAAGUCCUCCUCAAGGCCUAAGAGUUAAUAGAGAUGUGUUCCUCUCAUACAAAUGCCUACGCUGCAAAAGGAAUGCUUAUCCCUGGAUGUCAUUGUGCCUGAGAAUAGCACGUUACAUGACCCUCAGGUAUUCUUGGAUGUUUUUUAGGGCUGUGCUCUACUGCUCAGCAGGUGUUUAUUUAUACUUUGUAUCAUGUGUUUGAGACCUGAAUUUCUUUGUGUUACUGUAUGGUGCUCAUGAAUCAUUAAAUGUUUGCAGAACUAGC